AGCAGGCGGGAUAUGAAAGUCUUGAAGAAUAACUCAUUGAUCAAUCUCCAACAAGGCAGAGUUGGUCGUCAAACGUUACACACAAGUUAUUUGCGGAAAACCAGAACGUUACUCUGUAAACGUCGAUUUCUUGUUUUCACUCGGACGAACAAACAGGGCAGCUGCAAUGUGGAUUCAAGUGCGCACGAUGGAUGGGAAAGAAACCCAACGGGUGGAUUCCCUGUCCAAACUCACCAAGGUGGAUGAGCUGCGUCUCAAAAUCGCAGAGAUGUUCAAGGUGGAGCCCGAGAGGCAGAGACUGUUUUACCGCGGCAAGCAGAUGGAGGACGGUCAUACUUUAUUCGACUACAACGUGGGUCUGAACGACAUCGUGCAGCUGCUGGUCAGACAGGCGAUGCCCGCCGUUGAUAUCAUCAAAAGCAAGGACAAAGAAGCCGAGCUGUCUGACUCUGAUUCUGGUUGUGGCUCAACCCAGAGCGAGUCUGACAAGAGCUCAACUCACGGUGAGGCAGAGGCCCAGGCUGCCGGUACCUCUGGCCAGACAAACAACACAGAACUCGUCGAUCCCGGCUUCGGCUUUUACAAGAUCAAUGAGAUGGUGGAUGCCAGAGACUUGAACAUGGGGGCGUGGUUUGAGGCCCAGAUCGUAAACGUUACUAAGACAGCAAAGACGCCUGUAGAGGAGGCUGCUGAGGCGCAUCCAGCAGAAGAGGAGAUCCUCUACCAUGUUAAAUACGAAGACUACCCAGAGAACGGGGUGAUUGAGUUGCUGGGCAAAGAUGUCCGCCCACGGGCCCGUACAGUGUACCAGUGGCACCAGCUGGAGCCAGGAAUGGUCGUCAUGGUGAACUACAACCCAGACGACCCCAAGCAGCGCGGCUACUGGUACGAUGCUGAGAUCCAGAAGAGGAGGGAGACGCGCACCCUGCGAGAGGUCUAUGCAAAGAUUAUCCUUGGUGAUGCUGGUGACUCUCUUAAUGAUUGCCGGAUCAUGUUUGUGACUGAAAUCUACAAAAUCGAGGAGCCUGGCUCGCUGAGCGAUGUCCCAGCUGGAUCCGAGAGUCCGAUGAAAAGAUCAAAUGGACCAGAGUGCAAACACUGUAAGGACGAUCUCAAGAAAAACUGUCGGUGGUGUAACUGCCACGUCUGCGGCAUCAAGCAGGAUCCUGACAAACAGCUGCUGUGUGAUGAAUGUGACAUGGCCUAUCACAUUUACUGCCUGGACCCUCCACUCACCUCCAUCCCUGACGAUGAGGACUGGUACUGCCCAGGCUGCCGUAAUGACGCCAGUGAGGUUGUGUUGGCUGGAGAGAAGCUGAAGGAGAGCAAGAAGAAGGCCAAGAUGGCUUCUGCCAGCUCCUCCAGCCAGAGGGACUGGGGCAAGGGAAUGGCCUGUGUGGGUCGGACCAAGCAGUGUACCAUCGUCCCGUCUAACCACUACGGCCCCAUCCCCGGCGUCCCUGUCGGCUCCCUGUGGAAGUUCAGAGUGCAGGUGAGUGAAGCUGGCGUCCACAGGCCUCAUGUAGCUGGGAUUCAUGGCAGGAGCAACGACGGAGCCUACUCUCUGGUCCUGGCAGGAGGCUAUGAGGACGACGUGGAUGAUGGUAAUGAGUUCACUUACACUGGCUCUGGAGGACGAGAUCUUUCUGGAAACAAGAGGACUGCUGAGCAAUCUUGUGAUCAGACUCUUACCCACAUGAACCGGGCGGUGGCUUUGAACUGCAACGUCCCCGUCAACGACAAAACCGGAGCAGAGUCCAAGAGCUGGAAAGCAGGCAAACCAGUCAGAGUUAUUCGCAGCUGCAAGGGUCGCAAGCACAGUAAAUACUGCCCUGAGGAGGGAAACCGAUACGACGGCAUAUAUAAGGUGGUGAAGUACUGGCCAGCCAAGGGCAAGUCUGGUUUCUUGGUGUGGAGGUAUCUGCUGAGGCGUGAUGACGAGGAGCCGGCACCAUGGACCAGAGAUGGCAAAGACCGCAUCAAGAAGCUCGGUCUCACCAUGCAGUACCCUGCUGGCUAUCAGAAAGAGAAAGAGAACAAAAAUGAAGUGGAGGAGGAAGCGGCAACACCCAGCAAGGCAAAGAGGAAGAGAAAAUCUCAGGGCAGCGAUUCACCCAAGGCCUCACCAGCCAGGACUUCUAAGAAAGUAAAGGUAGAAGUGUACAAGCUUACCCAGGCACAGAAAACCCUCAUCAAGAAUGACAAGCCAAACAAGAAGCUGUGGGACGAAGCCAUGGAGUCACUGUCACUUGGACCGAAAUUCCUGAACAAAGUCGAAGAAGUUUUCCUCUGCAUUUGCUGCCAAGAAGUGGUCUAUCAGCCUGUCACCACAGAGUGCCAACACAAUGUCUGCAGGGAAUGCCUUCAGCGGUCCUUCAGAGCAGACGUGUACACCUGCCCGGCUUGCAGGCACGACCUGGGCAAAAACUACUCCAUGACCGUCAACAAAUCCCUGCAAGAUAUUCUAAAUCAGUUUUUCCCAGGGUACAGCAGCGGGCGAUGAUCAUUGGUUCUGCCUACUCAGCCCUCGAGGACACGCAAUGUAAACUGUAAGGGGAAUUUUCAUUAGAGGCAAUAAAGAAUCAGUUUCUCUUAAUAUAUUUUUUAUGAUUUAUAAAAUUACAAUUUUUGAGGACUUCAAUGCUACAGUUUUUUUUUCACCUUGAAUCUGCAAUGUGUAGUUUAAGUUUAAAUUGAUAAUUCCUUUGUAACUUUACUAUUACUCCGUUAAUACCUUGAUUUUACUCCCAGCGUAUCAUUUUGUUCCAUUAACUAAUGCUAAUGUUAUCCAUAUUGUAAAAUGUUACCUUAACUAAAUCCCUCCAUGUUUAGCACUCCUUGGGAGAAAGUGAAGUUAAAAGAGGUUUAGCCAUUUUCCUCAGCUUUUUUGAAUGUUGAGGCUGUUACUAGUGUCCAUCUCAUCUGGCCUGCCGUUAGUUUGAUUGCAGUCUGUCAUUUGGGUGCAGUUGUUAAAAAUUUGGUCAUGUAGUCUGAGUUCUGAUUUGACAUUUCCAUCUGACCAGGGUGGCACCGUUAUUUCUGCCGUAUCAAUGUACUUGUGUACUUUUUAACCUCUGAAAACAGACGAUCUAUCAACUAUUGUCUCGAUAGACUUAAUAUGACCGUUUCUAACCUGAUCAGAUGACACGUGAACAAAGCUACUCCAUUAAAGGAGGACGAGACCAGAAAUACAAGCAUGAACAAAACCAGUUUAAAGUUUUGUUAUUCAGCUCUUUAGCAGUCUGAGAAGAAGUGUCCUGACCGAGAACCGAGUCAUCAAAUGUGGUUGGAUUUUUUUAACAUGUAUUGGUUUCUUAAAAUAUUUUUCAUAGUCAUUUUAUAAAUGUUUAUUGAAGUUUGAGAUUAUUUUUCAAAGUUACUAUGACACAAAUAUGAUGCAACCUUUCAAAGCUAACCUUAAGGACAUUGGAUAGGAGUUUUGGAUUUCCCCAGUUUUUAAAAAGUUUAACUAUGAUAAAGUCCAAAGAAACAAAAGUGCUUAACCAAGAGUGUAAUGUAGAACUCCAUCUAUCUAGCUCUAGACAUUGUCCCUGAUACUCAAACCUUAUUGAGUCUAGAAACCUUUUAUUUGUAUUUUUUGCUAAAAAUUAAAAUUUGUACUUUUUCAUCUUUUUAUAAUCAAUUACUGCCAUUUGUGGGGGGCUGUUCUGUCAGAUUUUUGUCUCCUUGGUCACUUCUAAUACCUGACCUAAUUAAAAACAAACAGGAAAUGCUUGCAUCAAGAUGAAAUGUUAAGAAAAUUCCACACACUGCUUCUGAAAUUUGAGAUUGAAUCAAUUAAAUUAUUCGACUUUUUUAUUGAGUCCUUUUUGCCGUUGCCUUUUAUUAUUUGGUGUUGAAUUUCAACAGCAGUGUGUGAUGUCCAUCCGCAUGCCAGCACUUUGAGUUUUCAUGGAGAGACAAAGAUUUGCAUUGAGUGGGAAAUGUAUAUUUUCUGAAAUUGUAUAAUUUUUAGUCCAUUUUAGUUUUGAUAUGUAGUUUUAGAAUUGCUUGCACAUAUUUUGUGCAAAAAAUUGUCAAUACAUUUUCAGUGUUAUUCAAUAAAAAAGUGAAAAAUGUA